AUGCCACUGAAAAUCACACUCUCAAACUCCCGAGCGGCCAAGAGCAUUGGGCCGUCGUGCUGCGUUUCCUUGGAACCAGAUCGUUACGCCUUGCCUGCAAGGCAACAAGUGGUGCCGAAGCCCGGGAACACAAAAGAAACAGAACCCGGGAUCGGGAGUCUCCUGGACAAGGCCAGCGGCUGCGGGGGGUCCUGGACUCCACCACAGCGAGGAGGGACGCCUCCGGAACCGCCUCAGCCUCGUGGAAGCUGUUGCCUGAGUCCCCGGAGGGGGGGGGGCAACACGCGGGAGGCGGGCGUUCCCCGCCCGAACCCGCGCGCGGACGCGAGCCCGGGUCGCGACCACGCGGCGCCCCGGGGGGACCCCCCGACCCCUCCGCAGUGCCCGCGGGACUCCCCGACCCCGGAGCCCACCAUGCGGGACCCCUUGAACCCCCCGCGGAGCGCGCCCGGCCCCGGCCCGCCCGAGGAGCCCGCCGGGGUCGCGGAGCCGCUUCCCCCUCCCCUCCCCCCACCGCGAACCGCCGAUCCGGGGACGCUGACGGAGGAACAGGACUCGCGUUCGUUCUGGGAAGGUUUAAUGGCGGACGCGCGCCGCGCGGAGAGUAUCGCGGCCGCGGAGUCCGGCGGCGCCGUGCCGGCGGCGAACGGGGCGCCCGGCGCCAGAGCCGCGCCGCAGCCAUACGGGUUUGAAAAUGGCGCGGGCCACGCGGGAGAGGGGCGGGGCCAGCCGCCCAGCGGCGAGAACGGCACGGAGCCGAGAAAGAACACUAUCGCGGGGCAGGAAACACACGGGGGGCGAGAGCGGCGCCCCCCCCGAGAGGCGGAGCGACACCGCCCACGCGGGGAGGAGCGGGGCCGCUCCAGAGGGGAGGAGCGGGGCCGCUCCAGAGGGGAGGAGCGGGGGCGGAGCCGCGGGAAAACGCGGAGCAGACCGGAAGCGUACUGGCAUUCAACUUCCGGCUCGGAGACAAGUGAGAGCUCCUCAGUCAGCUCAACCGAGCUUACCGAGUCUGACUGUGACUCGGAAGCCGAGAGGGCAGAAUUAACGCGGUUUCAAGCGAAACCGAAUAAAGCUUUCAAUAAAACCGGGAAGCAAACACAACAUAAGCUUACAGACUGGGGCAAAAUAAAGAUAGCAUGUGCAGACUGGGUGGAUAUGGCUAGCGUUCAUGCUUACCCAGUCAGAGUUACAGGAGCCCAGGGAAAUCAGCAGCGAACGUAUACACCAGUAAAUGUAAAAGAGGUUCAGACAAUAGCGAAAGCAAUUUCAGAAAAAGGGAUCAACUCAGCAGUGGUUACUACUUUAAUAGAUGGGCUUUUUAGCAAUGACGAUUUACUUCCCUUCGAUAUUAGACAAAUCGCUCGUAUGAUGUUUGACGCGGCGGGUAUGAUUGUAUUUAAGCAAGAGUGGACAGACAAUUGCUCAACAGCUUUAGCCCAGGCAUCGGGCGAGGGGCAACAACUUCAUGGCUCGAGUUUAACCAGGUUGCUAGGGAGGCAUGACGACGUAGCUACACCACAACAGCAAGCAGCACAGCUACGGGCUGAGGAGGUCAGAGCAACAACCAGGGGGCAAGCCAGCUCACAGUACUAUCCCCAUCAGCCAUUCAGGAGCAGCGGGAACGGCAACGGGGAUCACGGCCUUGGCGACCCAUCACCAAGGUUUAUCCCAGCUGCAGAGGACCGUCGACGAGGAUCUGCAGAGAAUAGAGAAAUCCAUAUCCUUUCUAGAGAAAUCAGUUUCCUCACUUUCAGAGGUGGUCCUGCAGAACAGGCGGGGACUGGACCUCCUACUCAUGCAACAAGGAGGCCUGUGCGCCGCCUUAAAGGAGGAAUGCUGUUUCUACGCAGACCACACAGGAGUCGUCAGAGACUCCAUGGCGGAACUCCGAAACAGACUGGCUCAGAGACAGAGAGACAGAGACGACCAACAAAGCUGGUUCGAAUCCUGGUUCAAUCAAUCACCAUGGCUAACCACUCUAAUUUCUUCCCUAAUAGGUCCGUUAGCAAUCCUGCUUCUAGCCGUCACCUUCGGACCGUGCCUACUGAACAAGCUAGUCUCAUUCGUCCGGACCCGCUUGGAACGGACCAACAUCCUGCUCUUAGGCAGACAUCCGAUGCUGUGAAUUCAACAGGGAGUUCAACAGGGAACGCUGCCGGACGCAAGAACCCGAGAAAGAACUUGCCAGGCAGAAAAACUAACUCAGGAACCCCAAAUCCCCUUUCCUUGUCAAGCAACAACCUUAGAUACCUCAUAUCAGCAUGUAGACAACUACCUCAUCCAUUUGUGGGAGAAGGGGGGGGAGAUGUGGCAGAGAGAAUAGGGACAGGUGGUAGGAAGAUUUCGGGCUGUCACGGAAACCUGAUAGGGCCUGCCUCACCUGACUCCCAGAGAUAAGGAUAGCCGCAGGACAAGAGGCCAAGAAUGUUGUAAUCCCCCCAAGAAUGUUGUAACUAACACGGCCUCCACCCAGUCCCCUUACUAACCAUAUAAGGUAAAAGUCAGACCCCGAAGGUAGGGGAAGGACCAAGGGUAUAUAUACCGAGGAGAAAACCAAUAAAGGGCCUUU